CCAAAAACUAAAUGCGAUUUUGUUUAUGAAUCUUAACGUAUAAGUUGUAAGAAACAGAUAAAAUGAUGAUAAAGAUUUCGACUUUAAAUGUCACGAAAAUUUGAUGCUUUUACAGUGAUUAUAUCUUAAUGUAUUGAGUGACAUUUUCGACGAGCCAAUGAAGCGGUUACGAUAUGCAGUAUAUAAGUGACAAUUGUUAAUGUGUUCAAUCACGCUGCUUAUGACAAGACAAACGUCUCAAUUAUGUGGUGUGUAAGUCUAUUUGCUGCAUCACUGCUGCUCAUGGCGAAUGCUUCAAAAGUAUGCUACGACAAUAUUGGAUGCUUCAGUAAUGCCUGGCCAUUCUGGAACACUUUUAGUAUCCUCCCACAUUCCCCGGAACAAAAUGGAAUCACUUUUCAUCUGUAUACUCGUAUCAACCCAACAAACGAUCAAGUGUUAGAUCCAAAUGGCUCUGGGACGUCUGUAAUGUCGACAAACUUCAAUGGUGCACACAAGACAGUGUUUAUCAUUCAUGGUUUCAACGGAGAAAAAGAAGAUGAUUGGAUAAAGCUAAUGACAACCGCCCUCAUACAAUAUUUUGAUGUAAAUGUAAUAGUUGUGGUUUGGACAGAGGGAGCGAACGAAAAAUACUACCGAGCAGUAGCAAACACUCGUGUUGUGGGUGCUGUUACUGCCAACAUGAUCAAACUAUUACAGAGGUCCAGUGGUUUGACGUUGAACAAUGUACAUUUAGUUGGACACAGUCUAGGUGCCCAUGUUGCUGGUUAUGUUGGAGAGAUAAUAACGGGCAUUGGUAGAAUAACAGGUCUAGACCCCGCAGGUCCGGCAUUCUAUAUUGCAAAUGUUAAAGUGAGAUUGGAUUCUUCUGAUGCCACAUUUGUUGACGUCAUACACACAGACGGAGUUCUGGGAUUGCAAAAAAAUAUGGGGCAUGCAGAUUUCUAUCCAAAUGGAGGCAAAAUCCAACCUGGAUGUUUAACUGACCCAAUAGCACCGGUCUACAGUUGUGCCCACAUGAGGGCACUUUACUACUUCAUUGAAUCUGUAAAUCCAGACUGCAAGUUUACCUCCCAACUAUGUCAAAGUUGGGAUGAGUUUAAGGAUGGAAAUUGUGAAAGUUGUGGAAGUGGUUGCCAAGAGAUGGGAUACAACUUGGCAUACAAUGCAGAUGGAGAGUACUACCUGAGAACAGGCCAGAAAUAUCCGUAUUGUGAUUAUUGACAAUAAACCAUUAAAAAAGA